GAAUUUUGAGUCCAAAAGAAAAACCGAAAAAGAACUCCACUCUCCUUCGGCAUUUAAAUACUAUACCAUCGUUUGGAUUUCGCUUCUCUGUGGUUCUGAGUUCAUUUCCUGUUCCCUGAGGGGAGGUAAGGCUCAUAUCAAGUGAUUUUUCUGAGUUUGGAGCGAUCAGAGAAACUACUUGCCAGAGAUUAUCUUCCCCGUGAACAGGAAGGUUUUUUGAAAAAAAAAAGUGUAAAAGAUGGAGCACAAAGAGACAGGAUGCCAAGCUCCCCCUGACGCUCCAAUACUUUGUGCCAACAACUGUGGUUUCUUUGGGAGUGUAACUACAAUGAACUUGUGCUCCAAGUGCCACAAGGACUUGGCAUUGAAGGAAGAACAGGCUAAACUUGCUGCCUCAUCAAUUGGGAAUCUCACAAACAACUCCAGCAGCAGUUCUCAAGAUUCAUCUGCUGUGGCUGUCACUGUAGAUGUACAACCUGGUACAGCAAACCCAAUGAUCAACACAAAAGGGGGAUAUUUUGCUUCAGCUUCCAGCGGGAGCAAUGAAAAGGCAAAGGAUCGCCCAAAUAGGUGCAGCACUUGCAGGAAGCGGGUUGGUCUAACGGGGUUCAAUUGUCGGUGUGGGCAUGUUUUCUGUGCAGCUCAUCGCUAUUCUGACAAACACAACUGCCCCUUCGAUUAUAGAACUGCUGCCCGGGAUGCUAUAGCCAAAGCCAACCCAGUUGUGAAGGCUGAAAAGCUCGAUAAGAUCUAGGCGUCUUGGAUGAUUACACAAGAUCUUAUGUUGAAAUCUUGGCUUCUCCUCAAUAUCCACGAAUAUGGAUAACUAUGAAGCAUCAUAUGUGGAAUGCUUGGCUCCUCUAUGCCCAUGAACUUGUUCUGACUUGGUUAGUUGUUUCUGCUGUGGUUGAUGUUGUUUUGUGAUGUGAAUGGUUGAAGGCAUAAAUGGUAGGUAAAACAUAUUUCCCAUCUGGUGACUGAUAAGGCUUAUAUCAGUUUGCUAUGGUUGUAGUGCUUGUUUGUGCUGGUUUGAUAUACUGAGCCACGUUGAAUCUC